AUGUCAAUCUCAUCCAGGACCUUUACUAUUUCCCCGGAAAUUCAGAAUGAAUUGGCUCAUGUCCGGUUCGCCAUACCGACCCCAAACCCCCCAUGGAGUCCCGAGGCGAUCAUGAUCCUGGACUCCCCCCAACUCAGCGUGAUCAACGCUUCCGUCUUCGACUGGUGGUAUUUUGACAGCGUGUCUGCGCAAGAUCCACGAGAGACAGUCACCGUAACCUUUUUCAAGUCCACCGCUAGUGCAUUUCCAUGGCUUCCUGUUGAAGAGUCCUCUGUGCUGAUUGCGUAUCUCUGGAUAUCCUUUGCAAAUGGUACGAUUGUCGAGGAGUAUGUGCCUGCGACAGCUGCUAUUAUUGAUCAAGCGAUGCACGGAGAUCUUUCCAGUUCGGGCAAUUGGUCGUCGACGGGCUUUAGCUGGUUCUCGUCAGGACAAAAUCUGUCCCAGUACGAAAUUGUGGUUUCCUCGGGGAAGCUGCAGAUUGAUGGACGGCUUACGUUGACCUCGAAGCUGCCACCUCACCUGCCCUGUGGAAUCAGCCCAAAUACCAGCACAUUGGAAGUUGCCCCCCACAUCGGAUGGGCUGCUCUUAUCCCAGAUGCCAUAGGGAGCGUGGACAUGACCGUGAAGGGUUCUCGUCUUCAAUUUCAGGGUUCGGCCUAUCAUGACAAGAACUGGUCAGAUGGGCCCUUUGUUGACUCUGUUGCAAGCUGGUACUGGGGCCACGGCCAGGUUGGCCCAUAUUCCGUGGUGUGGUUCAGUUAUCUGGCAUCCAACGACACCAAUGGGAAAGAAUACGUGAGCAGCUAUGUGGCACGAAAUGGGACUGUGCUUGUCUCCUCCUGUCAUGCCGACGCUUUGAGAGUCGUCCCGACAGGAAGUUCUGGAACCAGUGCGCGAUAUCCACCAAGGGCUGGCGAUGUGCCCGAUGGGUUUCUGCUGCAAUUCGAUCUCGGAGCCGAGGGUUGGCUCAUGGCCAAUGUGUCUGGAACCCGUAUUGCUGGCGACAAUAGGUACUAUUUUCGGUGGGCCGGGAGUAUGACGGGCCAGAUAUAUGAGAGCGGUCCGGGAGAUGCUGGAGCUGAGUGGUGCUCUCAGGUGGCUUCGGAUGAGAACGUGGUCCCUGGUAGCCAAUCGGUCAUGUCUGGACGCGCCAUCUUUGAACAGUUUGUGCUCGUAGAAUGA